UCACCCUGGAGAAAAUCCAGCAGAGGUGGUCAGCCAUGCACCAGUCCUACUCCCCCAGCAGGAAGGUCCAUAUCCUGCUCAAGGUCUGCAAGACCAUCUACCACAGCAUGAUGGCCAAUGCCAACCCAGGUGUGGUGUAUGGGGCUGAUGACUUCCUGCCCUGUCUGACCUGGGUGCUUCUGCGUGGUGAUGUGGUCACUCUGCAGCUGGACACUGACUACAUGAUGGAGCUACUGGACCCCACACAGCUGCAGGGAGAGGGAGGUUACUACUUGACGUCCCUGUACGCCUCUCUCUUCUACAUCAGCAGCUUCCGCCCUCGUCUCGCCACGCGCCAGCUUACCACCGAGGCCCAGCCUCGUCUCACCACGCGCCAGCUUACCACCGAGGCCCAACAAUCCCUGAGCCAAUGGCAUCGCAGGCGCACGGUGCACUGCAACCAAUCACGACGCAGCACGAAGCGGAGGACCCUCCGGGGACCUGGGCAUGGCGAGAAGGGCAAGGAAAACUCCAGUGACACAGAGCCGGAAACUGGCACAGUUUAACUGAUGACCCACCGGCGCCCUCUAGUGUUGUGGCAAAGGCACUGCACAUAAUCUCAGAGGUUGUGGUAGCGGUGAGGGAGGAGGAGGGCAGCAGAGUGGAGGGUCAAGGACCCCCAGCUGCACAACUCCAGGCCUCACCUCGGAAGGGGAGACAGGACUCAGGUUAGUCUCCGCAGCGUCCAUGAGGACCACAGAUGCUAACCUCCACAGCGUGGCCUUCGCUCCAGAUCAAAACUCCAAACCUACAACCUAAUUUUGGCCAAAAUUAACCAGAUAGAUUACUGCUGCCAAGGUUUCCUGUUUCCAAGCUAUACAGAGGGUGCUCUAGCAAACAAACAGCAGAGACCUGAGGACACCAUCCAACCUGGAACUGAGUGAGUAGUGUUUGGUCUGAUGCU